AUUGUCUUAUAAACAUUAUUGAUUAUUUAAAAAAUGAUCGAGCGACUUUAUAUUCAUGUGUUAUGGUAAAUAGAAUAUGGUGUAAAACUUCAAUUCCAUUACUUUGGUGUCGACCAUUUGAACAUCAAAUGAUUGGUAAAGAAGUAAAAAUAUUACAUACAUAUAUUUCAUGUCUCAAUUUUCAUGAUAAAGCUCAAUUAAUUGAUCAUGGAAUUCAAUUACCUGAUAUGCCAAAUCCUAUAUUUGAUUAUCCAAAAUACUUGCGCGGAUUUGAUAAUGAAAAUUUUGAUCGUGCUAUUGAAGAAUGGAUGAUGAUGGUAUGUUUAACAAUGGAUUCAGAUUAUGAGAUUAGAAUUAAAUUAUGUAAUAGAAUCAUAGGAAACUUAUUGCUUAGUAGAACUAAUGGAUUAAGAGUUUUAAAAAUUGAUCGAGGAGAGAUAGAGGAUAGUUGUUUAAUGAACAUUGUGAAUUUAAAUACUGAAAUAUUUGAUAAAGAAAGUAAUUAUAAUUAUUAUUAUGAGGCAUUUAGUGAACUUGAAAGAUUUGAAUUAAAAUUUGAUAAUGAUGAUGAAGAGAAAUGGAUAUUAAAUUCCGAAUAUAAGGCAUUAAUUUGUAGUCAACUUGCUACUUACACUAGGUCUCUUUCACAUAUUACAAUAUCUAUUGAUCCAUUUCGAAGAUCACCACCACCACCAUUUAUAGUUUGUCCAUCAGUAUUUGAAUUAAUUAGUUCUCAGGAUAAGCUAAAAUUUUUAGAUAUAGAAGAAUUUUGGGAUGAAUUUACAUAUACGGCAGUAUUUUAUUCAUCUCUUCAAAGUCAAGCACAUUCAAUUACUCAUCUCACUUUAACAAAUUUAACCGAAUUUGAUUUAUUAUUAUCAGUAUUAGUAAGUUGCGUCAAUUUACAAACUUUAGAAUUUUUAAUGGUACCUGAACCAAAUAUGGAAUCUUUUGAUUAUAUUACAAAUCCACAAAGACCAUUAAGUGUUAAAAAAUUAAUUUCAUAUGAUGCGAGAAGUGAACCUCAAUUA